AUGGAAGUGGACCCUGAGUGGCUUGAUCGCUUCCACCCAUCAACGCCCAAGGAUGUCAUUAUCCGGUACGACAUCUACAACAUUUCCAGCAUCGACACCGUCAAACAGGGCAUCAAUGAAAACUCAACCAUUCCUUGGUCUACGCUUUGGAACCCGCGACUAACGAUUCAAAACGCUGUUGAAUUGCGCAAAUUUGAGAUCACUUGGCGCAAGUCCAGCAGUCUGUCACAACACAUUGAUGGCCUCUACGAUCACAACCCCAGCGGUCGCAUCUGGGUCACGGCCCGAGUCGAGGUCUCGGGUCGCUUUACCAUUCGCAUGUCGCUGGAACACUUUCCUUUCGAUGUGCAAGAGCUUUACUUGCUUGUGCGCUCCAAGUGGCGCCACAACUGGGUGCGAUUCCGCCGCCAUCCCGUGCCUUCUUACAUGAGCAUUGUCAACCUCGAGUAUUCAGCCUCCAUCGACACUGAGUAUUUCCUGGACCCCCUUCCACAACACAAGCUUGAAAUGCCGCAUGAUGAGCGACACAAGGCUUCAGUGCGUCGCUGGGAUGGCGUAGCUGGUGGUUAUGUUCGCAGCGACAAGCCCUUAGGCAAAUCGUUUCCGCUGGCCCCUUUGUGCAUCACUGUUGCGCGCAAGCCUUCGUAUUACAUGUGGAACAUUGUCUUUCCUGUCUUCUGGAUCGUGGCUGUUUCGGGCGUGUCCAUGGCCAUCGAAGGCGAUAGCGAGACCGAGGUCUUGGAUGCGCGCUUGUCGGUCACUUUGACGCUGUUGCUCACGCUCAUUGCCGUCAAGUUUGUGGUGGCUUCAGACCUGCCCAAUGCCAGCUACCUGACCUGGCUUGAUGCCUAUAUCUUGUUUGGGUUCUUUCUCCUAAUCCUCGUUGUGGCGGAGAACGUGAUCGCUGCUCACUAUGCUGACUCGCGGAGCUGGAUUGACUUGAUUGGCGUUUGUGUCCUGGGAGUGAUUUGGGUUGGCGUUCAUGUCCUGGCUUUCUUCUUUCUCUUCCCGCGUCGAGUUUGGCGCCAUGUGGGCAGCACUCAGCUCCAGCGCUCCACUGAGAUCAAGUCCAUGUACGAGAGCACGCCGCUUUAAAGGCCCGCUCGAAUCUUCUUGCUCUGGGGCCUGAUCAUGGUUUCCCAAUUCCAGUCUGUGAUUUGU